AUAUGAAAGUAACUUUGCUAUAAAAUACCGCGAAAUCCAUUACUUGAUUCAGUUUCUUUUUAAAAUUCAGCAAUACCUUUUCUCCUAUCAUAAUGAGAAUCGUUGCUGCGAUAUUUGUAACUUUCUUCAUACGAUGCGUGUAUUUAUAUCCUUCAGACUUGUUUUCUUUUAACGAUAUCUCUAUCAACAAUGUAUUCAACGAUUCCUGUAUCUUCGGCCCUAAAUACAUGUCGAUCAUUUUAUACAACAGUGUUAAUCUUGAAGGCGAAGAUAUCGGCGCACAAGAAAGCUGUAAUUUUGAUCCUUUGAAGCCCAUUGUUUUUUUGGUCCAUGGUUUUAUUAGCUAUGCAAAUACAACUAGCGGUUAUAAUUUGGCCAAGCGAUUUGUACAGCAAGGCUAUACAGUAUUUUCGUUAGAUUGGUCUGAAGCAGCAUGCAGAAAUGGAAUACCCAUAUUGAGAUUAAUGGAAUAUCCUCAAGCAGUGCAGAACACUCGUGAGAUAGGUCAACUUAUGGCAGAAUACGUAGAAUCUCUGGUCAAGAAGUGCAACAUCUUGUUGGAUAACAUCACGUUUAUCGGUCAUAGUCUUGGUGCACAUGUGAGUGCUUUUGCUGCGAAACAUAUCCAGAGCUUGGGCUUGGGCAAAAUUCCGCGUCUCAUCGGCCUCGAUCCCGCGGACCCACUAUUUGGAUUAAACAGAUGCAUAAAUAGAUUGUGCAAGUCAGACGCUACACAUGUAAUAAUUUUUCAUACAUCAACUCUGGGAAUAUCGAAACCUAUAGGUCACUUAGAUCUUCAAUUUAAUGGUGGACUGAUGCAACCAGGCUGUGGCUUAGGGGAUUUAAACGUUGUGUGUUCACAUAGCAGAGCAUUCGAAUAUCCUAUUACAUUGAGUGAUUGUGCAUAUCCUGGUCUUUCAAUGAAGCCAUCAUUUUUGGACAUAUUCAUGUCAAGACCGGUUUAUCCUGCUCCUAACACAACUGACUGUAUUCUUCUAACCAAGGAGAUUUUCACUAUAAAGCCAAGCGAGAAACUCCGGGAAGGAAAUUACUACGUAUUCGUCGACCCGGUGUUUCCAUAUUGUACUCGAAAAUCUUUCAGUUGCUCGUUAAUUUAAGAACCAAUAGCUGACAGUAGAAAAUUUCAUAUUAUUGUACUAUUAUAAUGCACAAAUGGCACGGUUUUAAAUAAAUAUUUAAAUCGCAUGAACA